AAUGUUACAAGUUAUUACAACAUUUUGAAAUAAAUAAUUUCCGGAGGCAAGAGAAUUGAAGCCUAUAAAAAGCAGCUUAUUGGCCAAAAAGCUGUUCGAUUACUUUUGUUUUCCACUCCAAAACCGCCUAAAGUUAAUUGUAAGAAGAAAGAGCUUCUCUGCAAAAACAGAGAACCAAGAAAAAUCUCCCUUUCUUUUUUUUCUUAUUUAUUCCCAGUUUUUCUAGAGAGAGAGAAGAAAAGAGGAGAGAGAGAGAGAGAGAGAGAGAGAGAGAAAAGAAGAAAACAUGUGGGAUAAUUUGGGCGUGGAGUUCACUCUCUUCCUCUUAUGCGUGUCUCUAAUCUUCCUUAACCUCUGCAAACGAAAACAAAAGCAUCUCAAUCUUCCACCGGGAAGCAUGGGCUGGCCUUUUCUCGGCGAAACAAUCGCCUACCUCAAACCAUACACCGCCAACACCAUCGGCAAAUUCAUGGAACAACACAUUUCCAGGUACGGAAAAAUAUACAAGUCGCAUUUGUUCGGGGAACCGACAAUAGUGUCCGCGGAUGCAGGGCUGAACAGAUUCAUCCUACAGAACGAAGGGAAACUGUUCGAGUGCAGUUACCCGAGGAGCAUCGGCGGAAUCCUCGGGAAAUGGUCUAUGCUUGUUCUGGUCGGAGAAAUGCACAGAGAUAUGAGAAUCAUUUCUCUCAAUUUUUUGAGCAAUUCACGCCUCAAAACUCAUCUCCUCCGUGAAGUCGAAAAGCACACUUUGCUCGUUCUCUCCAAAUGGAUGCACAACUCCAUUAUCUCAGCCCAAGACGAAUCCAAAAAGUUCACAUUCAAUUUAAUGGCGGAGCAUAUAAUGAGCCUGGAACCGGGAAAACCGGAAACGGAGCAGUUGAAGAGAGAGUACAUUACUUUCAUGAAAGGCGUGGUUUCCGCUCCGUUGAAUUUUCCGGGAACCGCCUACCGGAAAGCCUUGCAGUCACGAUCGAUAAUACUGAGAUUUAUCGAGCGGAAAAUGGAGGAGAGGAUAGAGAAAAAAGUGGAAGAAGAAGAAGAUGAUUUAUUGGGAUGGGUGGUGAAGAAUUCUGAUCUGUCGAAAGAGCAAAUACUUGACCUGGUUUUGAGCUUGUUGUUCGCCGGCCAUGAAACUUCGUCGGUUGCUAUUUCUCUCGCUAUUUACUUCUUGCAGGCCUGCCCCUCUGCUGUUCAACAAUUACGAGAAGAACACAUGAAAAUUGCUACGGCGAAGAGAGAGAGAGAAACAGGGGAAGCAGUUGAAUUGAGCUGGGAUGAUUAUAAGAAAAUGGAGUUCACACAAUGUGUAAUAAGCGAGACACUGAGGCUGGGGAACGUGGUUAGAUUUCUACACAGGAAAGCCCUAAAAGAUGUUAGGUACAAAGAAUAUGACAUUCCAUGUGGGUGGAAAGUGUUGCCGGUGAUAGCAGCAGUGCAUUUAGAUCCAACACUUUAUGAACAGCCUUGGCACUUCAACCCAUGGAGAUGGCAGGGUAACACUCACGGGCGUGCACCAAAUCCGACCAACCACAUGAUGCCAUUUGGCGGAGGACCGCGCCUCUGCGCCGGAUCGGAACUCGCGAAGCUCCAGAUGGCGGUAUUCAUCCACCACCUAGUCCUCAACUUCCAAUGGUGCGCCACAGCAGAUUCCGAUCUCCCCUACGCAUUCCCGUUCGUCGAUUUCCCCAAAGGACUCUACAUCUCCGUCAAACGCCUAGAGGAAAAAUGAUCCACAAGUUAUACACUUGGAAACUCGACCACAAAACCCUACUCGUGUUUUCAUUUAUGAUUGAUGGUGAAAGGGAAUAAAAAAGAAAAGUUGUAAGAUUUUUUUGUGGUAAUGCCGAAAGUGAGUUUUUCGUUUU